GUUGUGCUGCAGUCAGGACCGGCCCCAGCAUUUACCAGCCCAGUCACGGCGCUCCAUAAACUCUUCCUGUCUGUGCAGCGGACCUGAUUCUGAGCUAUCCGGGUCAGUGAUGAGGACCACUGCUGCCAUGCUGUGCUACUGUUUUUGGAUAAACGCUGCUAUCCAUGCUGUUCAGGCAGAUCCAAAAUGUGGUACCAGUCCAGGGGUGAACCCAAUGUUUCAGUUCCUGAGGGUAGUCGGGGGGACCCAAGCUCUCUAUGGAUCCCACCCAUGGCUGGUUUCAAUGCAGAACAGAGGCUCUCAUUUCUGUGGAGGAGCCAUUCUGACUCACCGCUGGAUACUGACCGCGGCACACUGCUUCCCAUCCGUAUCAAAACACUUCCUGCGUGGUGUCCGGGUUCUGGUAGGAGAGUUUGACCUACGGGUGGACGACGAAGACGAGCAGGCCUUCACAGUCAAGUCUGUGUCGGUCCAUGAGAAAUACAGCCCGGCUUUUCCGAUGAAUUAUGACGUAGCUCUGGUGAAGCUGGAUCAUCCCAUCAGAAUGGGAGCUCGCGUCAGGCCAAUAUGUCUACCUCUGCCUGGUUUAAAAAUCCCUCCACGGACUAAUUGUGUUGUCGCUGGUUGGGGAAAAACAAGGGAAAGGGGACGUCUUCCCGCGGUCCUGAGGGAAGUUCACCUGGGUUUAGUAGAUCAAGCCAAGUGUAAACAUGUCCUGCAGACGAUCAAAAGCUCAUUUUCCAAACCGAAACGUGGACUCCCGAAGGCGGCCAUGACAGUUCUGUGUGCCGGACCAGAGGAAGGAGGAAGAGAUGCCUGCCAGGGAGACUCUGGGGGUCCUCUGGUAUGUCCGGCAGGGUCGGGAAGCACUCACUGGGUUGCCCUGGGAAUAACCUCCUGGGGUAAAGGCUGUGGUCGGAGCUGGGGAAGCAACGUCAGCCGGGCUCCAUCAAAGAGAGGCUCUCCAGGGAUUUUCACUGACGUUAGGCUGCUACUGCCCUGGAUCAAGCAGAAGCUGAGGGAGGCUGAGCAGCAACAUCGAGCAACAUCGGGGCUUUGCAGCGUGACAGAUGGGUCGGUUUCUGACAGUCGAGGGCUGAUCAGGAACCCCAGCUUACCCGACGCCUACUAUGACAAUAACCAGAUAUGUUUGUGGAGUAUCAGUGUUCCUCCAGGUUACAGUAUUCUGCUAGAGUUUGAUCAUUUUGAUCUGGAAAAUGACUCGUAUUGUCAGUAUGACCGGCUCACGGUUUCAGGAACAACCGGCAGGCCCGUAGCAAUAUUUUGCGGUCAAUAUCUACCAGGUCCAGUGCUUCUACUGAAUUCCCAGAAUGCAGUGCUGCUCUUCUCCUCUGACAUCAAUGGAGUAGGGCAUGGCUUUGGUGUCAGGCACCGUGGCGUCAGGGGACCCUUUCCUCCAGCAUGUGGGACUCUUGUUCUGGUUGAGGAUCAAGUUUCCAUCCACACGCCAAAUUACCCACAGUCCUACAGUAACGACUGCGUCCUCCGCUGGGUCGUCUACGCUCCUCCGGGACAGCUAGUUAAGCUGGAUUUUGCUGAUUUUGACCUGGAGGAGUCAGAGAGAUGUUUGUAUGAUUCACUGACAGUUCUGGGAGACAUUGAAGGAAACGAAGAGAUUGCUGUGUUGUGUGGUGGCAGUAUUCCUCCUCCUGUCCUGUCCUUCACCAGCGUCAUGCUGCUUCAUUUCGCCUCAGACAGAAGCAUCACUCACAGGGGCUUCAGGGCAGCACUGACGUUCAUCAGGAUAGAAGAUUCAUCGACGCAGCAGUCCAGCAUUGGCGCUGUGACCCAUCAGGGUGUUGUGGAGCACAAGUCGUCAGAGGAUCUAAGAUUUUAUGCUGUGAGAAAAUCAGACUGUGAAGACCACAGCGGUGAAUCCUCAGGAAAUGGACACUUGGUGCAGGCGGGAGACAUUUCUCCAUUUAGGAAUGACAGAAACUAGAUUCACACCAUUGAUCCACCAUUAAUUGUUCACUCUAUGCUUGAAUGUUUGAUUUUGGGGGAAGCAUAUAAAACUAUUGUUUACAUGUUUACUCGUUUGUGCAAAAAUAUUCUUGGAGUAUAGUAACAGUUUAGCUUUCCAAAGACAACACCUACAAAUACAACAUUUGUAGUGAUAGAAUUUCCAUGGUUUGUAUGUUCAUAUUUUUAUAGUCCAUCGUUGCAAUA